CGCAGCCAGGGUGCGGUCAGGUGGGACAGGACUGUGAGGUUGGGCUCCCACAGGGCAGGUUCCUGGCCCUGGAGCUGAGGCGAAGGCUGCGGCCAUGGCGUUGGUGUCGUACCGAGCGCCGUUGUCCACCUCUGUGGGCCGGCGGAUGGUGUACACAGGCCCAGACUACAUCAAGGAGCACUUGCCGAGCAUUCAGGAGCACACCACCUACGUCGGGGAAGGGCAGCCGUCGCCGGAGAAGACGGGGGACCUCCAGUACCUGUGGAGGCCGGCCUGGCACAGCAGCCAGCCGGCCCGGUACAAACACGAGUUCGUCGGUGGAGUUGGCUGGGGAGUGCGCGCGCUGGACUCCGUCAGCAGGCCGUGGCCGCACAGCGGCUUCCACAUCAAGUACGAAGAGCUGAGUCGGUCGGCCAUCGAGAAACUCACCCACAGGUAUCAAAACCCAUGGCAGCCGAAGCCUCACAUCCUGGACAUGCGUGGCAAGCACGGCCGUGGGUCCCUGGCAUGGCACAUGAGCGACUACGAGGACACAUCCCAGAGGAACUGCAAGUGGGCCGUCCUCGUCAGGCAGAGCCAGCUGCCUCCGCCCAGGGCGUCUGGACCGCCAGCGCUGCCCUCGCCGCGCAAGGACCAGAAAACGAGGUGCCGGUCUCUAAGUAAGCCUCCUUCGACCUGCUUCUAGAAGCCUGGACUCCAAACGUAGGACAAAUACAAGCCCCACGGCUGUCUCUGGGACAGACAGACAGAUGCCCUGCAUGCGUUAAAAGUCCAAAUAAAGACUUCAGUGCAAAGGCAGCGUACUCCACUGUUCCUGCUGUCUCACGCAGCGGAGGGCCACGAACUGCCAUGCUGGUGGGAGCUGGCUGUGGCCGACAGCACCCAGCACUGUUCCGGGCUUCACAUCAGCUCCAACUUGACUUGCUGGCCAUGGGCAACAGGCUCUGCAGACAAGGCUGCAGCAGACCUCACCCCAAACAGCCACGGCUCUGAUGCCGUGCACAGGCCACCGCUGGACACGCUUCUCAGUCUCGUAGUGCACGGCGCUCUGACCGCUAGAACGGUAGUGUCUUGUCCUUGUGUUUGGGGACAGACACCUCACUCACUGGGAAGGAACUUCAUUACACCCUGGGGAAGCUGGGCCCACAGAUGUCACACAGAGCCACCGACGUGGUUGGUAACCAGCCCCAGUCACUUGAGGAGGUCAGGGGAAGUGACUGACAUUCCUGGGGCAGGGCUGAGCUGACGGGUGUGGGCAAGGGAGGCGUCAGGGAGGAGGGCCCCCUGCCGGCACCCUGACACAGCCUUCCCUGACACAGCACCCUCCUCCCUUCCACUUCCAAGGCCAUCCUGCCCCUGCUCCAUACGGACUUCCCUCAGUCCCUCUGCGUGCACCACCCACAGACCAGUCUCUGCACAUGUACAUACGCACACAUGCACACGCAUGCACCCCUGUGGGUAAG